CCUAGCCUGUGAACUGGCGGAGGGAGCACCACUGCAUGGGGGCAAAGACGGAGCUUGGGAGGCGGUGAGUAGCUUCUCGUAGCCUAGUUUGGGAAAGGUUGUUCCUUAUCGGACCGAUGGAAGUGAAUGCCUGGACGGCUGGCGCCAAUGGCCCUACCGAGAUGUGCGGGGUGAUUCCCGAGAUUAACGGGGACCGGGAGACGAUCUGUACACCGAUCUUAAGGCUAGGUAAAGAAAUGGCGACUGAGGAAGGAAUCAAUGACCAGCAGAGCGGAGGGAAUCAGGGCACGAAUGGGGAUGGGGAACGAAACGAGGGAUCAGCCAGGGAUCGAGAGUCAGCCAAACUGGAAGGAACCCGAGAAAACGGAAAGGACGCCUCAAUUGGAGAAAGCUCGGGGAAAGCUGGGGGUAGCAAAAGGGGACCUCAAGAAAACACGGAAGGGGGAAACGAUAUGAGAACAAGCCCUCGGAACUCAGCAGGAGCCACCCCUAAAAAGACAAAAGUCUCGGAUGCCAGUCGUAAAUUGGCAGAGAUAGAAAAGCAGACUGCAGAAUUUAAGGCAAGGCUUAUCGAGCAGAUGAUGGCAGAGCAUGAGGAGGACCCCAGGGCGCAGGGUCACGUGAGGGACGUAGGACCGGUCAGGACGAGGCCAGAGGUCGAAUUAGCCGCAGUCCAGAGGAAAAACUAUGCGACUUACAACGAUUUCCUAAGGGCAUUUACGUUAGUGGCGCUGCGAAUUCCCGGGGUAACAGACCGCAUAAUGAGUAAAUACUUCCUCAAGCAGUUUUCCGAGUUUGAUAAAGAUAAGAUUUUGUCAGCAUACCAGCAGACCAGUAAGUUCGAAUACACGAGAGAUGUGGACUUCAGCACCGUAACAGACCUCGCGGAAAAGACAGUGGUUACCGAGACGCUAGCCCUGCUUAAGGAAGGGGAGGUCAUAGAUCUGACCGGGAAGACGGGGGAUAAGGUCAAGAAGGGGAUAGAGAGCCUGCACGAACGGGUGCACGGGGUUGACAGCAAGAUGGACAAAAUGGAAAAUGCGUUGUUAGUAAUGCAGGCGCAAGUGUCCAGACCCGCCCUCCCGCCCCAAGAGGCCGUGGUUCCGGUAGCUGUAGCAAACCGGGGGUUUGGCAGGAGGGACCCGGCCACCGAACAAUGCAAGUAUUGCACCAUGAUCGGGCACUUCGUACGGGUCUGUCCGAGACUCAAUCACGAUAUCGAGCGGCAGAGGUGCAGUAGGUCCCUCAAAGGCGAGAUCCUCGAACCCAGGGGGGAGCGUGUCAAUUGGAACUCGCCAGGAGGGAUGCGGCGAGCCGUCAUCCUCCUGAUUAACUUAAAGAUAGUUGUCAUAGAAGCAGAGCCGAUAGCCGAGAUUGUCUGGGACCAGCCAAGGGAACGGGGACCAUUGGCCAAUUUUAUCCUAGAAGGCAAUGGCCACGAUAGGGUAAAUAUUACCACUCGCCGAGCCGACGCAGAAAAUAAGUUUAUUCAAGAUACAGUAAUAAAAGAACUCGCAGGGACUAGCACGGGCCAGCAAGAGACCGAAGCCGGGGAACAAGAGAAGGUCUAUGGGAAGCCUAGGGAGGACGAACCGGUAGACAAGGCUUCGGCGGCAAAGAAGAAGUUCAGGUAUCAAAUUCCGAUCCUGACUUCGCUAGAAAUCGAUGGCACUUUGAGUAAGCUACUGGGUACCAUGGUAUCGGUGUCCUUUCAGACCAUGCUGCAAGCCAGUCCGAGGCUGCUUAAAGGACUCAAGCAAUUGCUAACGCGUAAGCGCGUAGAGGUAGAGGAGGCCCCGAAACUGCAGGAGCAGGACACGGAAGAGGCCGAGACGCCGCAAGGAGUCUCCAACCUCCAAAGCAUUCCAGGGGGCUUGGGAAAUUUGGAGAAAGCCUUUGCGGACAUCCGCCUAAGCCUACCGGAUCGUGAAGGUGGCGAAGUCAUGAGGGCGCCACCCGGGACAAAGCUUAGCUUUCAUGCAUUAUCAGUUGGGAAACUUAAAGUUCAAAUCGGAACUCACCACACGGACGCGUUAGUGGACGGCGGAGCAGAAAUCACCCUCAUACGACGAGAUUUCGCAACGGUCACGGAGUGCACGGUAAACAAGGAAGUAGCAGGGAGUAUUCGGGGAGCCGGUGGCGAAAUUCCUUUCACAGGGUAUGUCACAAAAUGUGCAAUCAGGGCGGGAAUCCGGAAAUCCAUCUGGUCCUUUCAGCGGAUGACCGUGAUGGAAGAAAUGGAUCACGAAGUAAUCCUCGGGAGACCGUGGUGCGCCAAUGUGGAAAUGAUAGGAAUGCAUCUGCACGACGGCACAUACAUGGUAGACAUAGAGGACCCAGUGACCGGCCGAGGGGAACUCCUCCGACUUCUUGGGACCGGAGGGGACCCUCCGAAGGGCAAAUUGGCAACAUGGUCUCCAACAUUCGAAGAAAGUGCGCGGAAGGAGGCAUUCGCACGAAUGGAAGGCAUGAGGGAAAGGGUAGAAAUUAUGAUCGAGGAGGCUUUUAGUAAAAAGGAAUGGAUCAAGAUGGGUCUGCCCCACGAGUGCUGGAAUGAUAAAGGGCCCGCCUAUGAGUUUGGGAUAGCAGCGGAGGUCACCGACCUGCUUAGAGCCAAGAUAGAUUCCUUCGUGGCUGAACCCACCGCAUCCCCCUACGCGAACAAGUGGUUCGUGUUCACGAAGCCCAAUAAGACGCUCAAGUGGAUCCAGGAUCUGCAGAAGCUAAAUGCGGUAACAAUUAGGGACGCAGGCUCGCUUCCACAGACCGACUUAUUGGCAGAAUCUCAUGCGGGGCGGAGCAUUUGCUCCCUAGUAGACUUGUACUCAGGAUAUGAUCAGUUGCCGCUCGACGCAAGGGAUAGACCGUGUACCGCAAUGCACAACCCCGUAGGACAGCUGCAGAUGCAAGUGACCCCUAUGGGCUUCACAAAUGCGGUAGCAGAGGCGCAGAGGAGGAUGCUCGCCGUUGCAGGAGAUAUGUUUCCGGAAAAAUACAUCUUGGAUGCAAGGGAUAAUCUCAAUGGCUAUGUAGAAGCCGUAACCCUCAAGAAGAAGACGGGGAAAGCAGUGGCCGACUGGGUGGAAGAUUUCUACCUCAGGCACCCCUUCGUGCGCAGGUUUAUAGCAGACAAUGGGACAAAAUUCGUUAACCAGGAGGUGUCGAACAGACUUAAGACACUGUGUGUACUGAUCAAGAUCACCGAGCCCUACCAUCCUGAGGCAAAUGCACCAGUAGAAAGGCGUUACCGGACUUUUAAGAACACCAUCGCAAAGUUGGCAGCAGAUAAUUUGGGAAGUUGGCCACGGUUUCUCAAGCAGGCAGUCUUCGCCAAGAACAUGACUCCAAAAAGAAUAACGGUAUGUAUUCCAGCAGAACUCUGGUAUGGAAGGGAGAUCGAUUUUCUGAUAGAAGCUUUGGUCCCUACCCGGAACAGGCUAGAUGACGACCCACACUUGAGCACGGAAGAGUUAAUCACCGCACGUUGUCAGCAGGUUGCCAGAAAUGAGGAGACACUCGAGGAAGUAGUCAAUCGUGUGACGGAUAGCCGAAUGAGGGAUAAAGCAAGAUGGGACCAGGUCAAGAACAUUCGGAAGGAGUCACUCCAGGUGGGGGAAAAGGUGCUAGUUAGGAACUCGGCUCUUGAAAGCACAUGGUCCGGGCAGCUGGGAAAAAGAUUCAAAGGGCCUUACAGGAUCGCUAAGCGGGUGGGACUGAACACAGUUGAACUUGAGGAUCUCGAUGGUACUAGCAUAAGAGGGUCAUUUCCGGGACAAAGACUGGUCAGAUUUUUUAGCAGGGAUCUGGUGGAACAGUGGCUACAAGAGGCCCAGGACAGGGAAACUGGGGAACUGACAGCCUGAAAGGCAGGCAAAUGGCUACAAGUUCUGGACCGCCUCCCUGCAGAAGUAAUCAUGACCACAGGGAUUGUUCGUUUGUGUGUCUUGACUUUUGUGGAACGUGGGGAGACUGCCUGGGCUGGCCGUGACUGGGCCUGGGAGCACGGGACAGUGUAUUAUAGUUUUUGUGGGGUAACACUGGGGACUGUCUACACGAGGUAUUUAUGUGCUGGGACAAUGUACCAUAGUUUUUGUGGGGUGAUGUUGUGGACUGCCUACAUGGGGCACCUAUGUGCUGAGACUGUGUCGAGGGUUCUAAGGGAUAAUGGGGCUACCAACUAUAUGGGGGCAAGCAAGAGUUCUAGGGAAGCCUCCAAAGCCGCAAAUGGGAGUGGAAGGGAAUGUGUGUGUAUGAGGGGUACCGUGACUGCUAUGCAUAAACAGGGCCAAGCGAGGAGAAAACAGCAAGAAAACAGCAAGAUGGAGUACGGAAACGAAAAUGACAGCAACGCCAUGAAUAGGCCUACUGAGCGACAGUCGUCGAGACAGGCUGGAGAAUCAAGCUCCAGGAAAAGG